AUGGGAAAUACCAGCUGCUGCGCAAGCAGCGAGGGGAAGCCCAUUUAUGAGGCUUUGUCAGCCGGGCCUCCACGUGGCCGAAAGAAAGCGUUGCUGGUUGGCAUCAACUAUCGCAACACGGGCUCGGAGCUGCGUGGGUGUAUCAACGACGUGAACAACAUGCAGGAGAUGCUCGUGAAGCAGUAUGGUUUCAAGCUCGAGGACAUACGGAUGAUCAACGAGGACCAAGAAAAGAGUAGCUGGCCUUUCAAGAAGGUUAUCUUCGAGGGGAUGGACUGGCUUUACCAGGAUGUAAGAAGUGGAGAUACCUUGGUUUUCCAUUACAGUGGCCAUGGCUCACAAUAUUCAGCAGAUGAGAAAGGUAUGCCGGCAGAUUGCAUCUGUCCGCUUGACCUCAUCAUCGACAGGAAGUGGCCAGAUUCCGUCAUUUUGGACACCGAGAUCCAUGAGAAGCUCUACGAUCCUUUGCCGCCCGGUUGCAAGGCUAUCUGUGUCUUCGACUGCUGCCACUCUGCCACGGUGGCAAACCUUUGCGAAACGAUGGUGGUCAAGGAGGGCCCCAUCACUGCAAGCAAGAAGGAAAAGUUGAUCAAGGAGCUCACUCGUCAGAAGGACAACGUCGCAGCGGAGGUGCGUUUUUACCGCGAGGUCAACUCCGGUCAGCUUGACAUCAAGAAGAAGAGUCGAGAGGAGAUGAUUCAGCUCCUUGAGAAGCACGCCUUCCCCAAGAGAGGGCCCUAUGGACCUUACUCUGACGAGUCCACUUUGAAUUACAACUACCUCCUGAGCACCUCCAUCUCCGCUUUCUUUCAGGACGGUUCACGACAGGGCGUAGGCUUUAGGGUUUAG